GACUCGCGGGGAGACGAGGCAUUGGAGAAGAAGAGGGGGACGUAGUGCGCCUGCGCGGAGGGUCUCUCUUUACAGCCCACCCCUCCUCCCGCCGGCCUUUUGGUGUCGCCCACAGAGAGAGAGAAGGAGCGCGAGCGCGGAGAGGCGGCAGUGCCGGGAGGGCUCCCCACGGGGCGGACGCGUCUCGCUCGCUCUCUCUCUCUCUCUCUCGCCUGCCUGAGGGAAAGAAGGGAAAGCAAUCCAGCCAGCCAGGAGGAGAAGAGCCGAGCUGAGGAGAGGAGAAAGCAGAGCCAGCCAUGGAGUCCGGCGGGGGAGGCGGGAAGCAGAUGACCGCUCGGUUGAUGCUGGCCGUGGGAGGAGCGGUCAUUGGCUCCUUGCAGUUCGGAUACAACACCGGCGUCAUCAACGCCCCGCAAAAGGUGAUUGAGGAGUUCUACAACGAGACGUGGUUCAGCCGCUACGGGGAGUUUGUGAGCCGUGGGACCCUCACCACGCUCUGGUCGCUCUCCGUCUCCAUCUUCUCCGUCGGGGGCAUGAUUGGGUCCUUUUCCGUCGGGCUCUUCGUCAACCGCUUCGGGCGGCGGAACUCGAUGCUGAUGUCCAACAGCCUGGCCUUCCUGGCGGCCAUCCUGAUGGGCUUCUCCAAGAUGGCCUCCUCCUUCGAGAUGCUGAUCCUGGGCCGCUUUGUGAUCGGGGUCUACUCCGGCCUCACCACAGGCUUCGUGCCCAUGUACGUGGGGGAGGUCUCGCCCACCGCCCUGCGCGGCGCCCUCGGCACGCUCCACCAGCUCGGCAUCGUGGUCGGCAUCCUGGUGGCCCAGAUCUUCGGCAUGGACCUGAUCAUGGGGAGCAAGGAGCUGUGGCCGCUGCUGCUGGGCUUCGUCUUCAUCUUUGCCUUGAUCCAAUGCGCCAUGCUGCCCUUCGCCCCCGAGAGCCCCCGCUUCCUCCUCAUCAACCGCAACGAGGAGAACAAGGCCAAGAGCGUCCUGAAGAAGCUUCGCGGCACGACAGACGUGAGCAGCGACCUGCAGGAGAUGAAGGAGGAGAGCCGGCAGAUGAUGCGGGAGAAGAAGGUGACCAUCCCGGAGCUCUUCCGCUCCCCCAUGUACCGGCAACCCAUCCUCAUCGCCGUCGUCCUCCAGCUCUCCCAGCAGCUCUCCGGCAUCAACGCGGUCUUCUACUAUUCGACGAGCAUCUUUGAGAAAUCCGGGGUCCAGCAGCCCGUGUACGCCACCAUUGGCUCCGGGGUCGUCAACACGGCCUUCACCGUCGUCUCGCUCUUUGUGGUGGAGCGGGCCGGGCGGCGGACGCUGCACUUGGUGGGCUUGGCCGGCAUGGCGGGCUGCGCCGUCCUCAUGACCAUCGCCUUGGCCCUCCUGGACCAGAUGGCCUGGAUGUCGUACCUGAGCAUCAUCGCCAUCUUUGGCUUCGUGGCCUUCUUUGAGAUUGGGCCGGGCCCCAUCCCCUGGUUCAUCGUGGCCGAGCUCUUCAGCCAGGGACCCCGCCCGGCCGCCUUCGCCGUGGCCGGACUCUCCAACUGGACCUCCAACUUCAUCGUGGGCAUGGGCUUCCAGUACAUCGAGGAGUUGUGUGGCGCCUACGUCUUCAUCAUCUUCAUGGUGCUGCUGGUGAUCUUCUUUGUCUUCACCUACUUCAAGGUGCCCGAGACCAAGGGCCGGACCUUCGACGAAAUUGCCUCGGGCUUCCGCCAGGGGGGUGCCGGGGCCGGCGGGGACAAGACCCCCGACGAGUUCCACAGCCUUGGCGCCGACUCCCAGGUCUGAGGGUCUCCAGGAGGGGAGGAACGGGACGGGACGGACCCUCUCUCCCCCUUUUAGGGUGGAAGCGGACUCGCUCGACCCUCGUCUU